AUGUACCUCAUCCUGUCCGACCCUUCGACCUCGCCCGGGCUCCCCGUCAAGCAGUUCGACAGCCGCACCGCCGGGCGCCUCAUCCUCGGCCGCGGAGCCAAGUCCGACUCGUCUGCCCUCGACCCGGCGAGCCCCAAGUUCCGCACGAGCGCGACCAAGGUCAUGUCGUCGACGCACGCCCAGCUCCACUGGGAGAACGAGUACGCCUUCCUCACCGACCUCGGCGCGACCAACGGCACUUUCCUUGUGCGCGACGGCGACCAGCAGAAGCUCAAGCCCGACGUGCCGUACCGACUUUUCUCGGACGACCGCAUCAUCUUUGGUCGCCCCGUCACGCAGCGCAGCCACGGCUCGUCGCCAGUCGUCAGCCAGCCGCUCACGCUCGACGUCAAGCUGCAGCCGACGCCCGUCUUGAACGCCUCGCGCGAGCCGGGUCACGUCGGCGAGUCGCCCGUCCGCACUGCUCUCUCGCGCGGCAACACGGUCACCGAGGGCACGUGGCGGGUCGGCUCGCAAGAGUCGUCGAUCAGCGACGACGAGCAGGAGGGCUCGCUCGACGCGUUCGGCGGUGACGACCAGGCGCAGCGGGUCAAGUCGUCGCGCAGGGUCUCGUUCGUCGGCCUGUCGCAGUCGUCCUCGCUCGACAGCAACGACAUCGUCAACGCCGGCCAGCACGACGUCGAGAUGACGAGCAGCCCGUCGUCGUCCAAGCGCGGCUUCGGCCUGUCGGAGGAGGACCUCCUCAGCAGCCGCGAGUCGUCGCCCGCCGUCGCCUCGUUCGCCCCGGGCCCCCUCUCCGAGCUCGACGAGCUCCAGAUCGAGCCGACGGCGAGCGAGGACGCCGCCGUCGACACGGCGUCGGUCGAGCUCAUGGCCAUCACGUCGCGCUCGCACUCGCCGAUGGACCUCGACAGCAACGUCGCGCGCUCCCCGCCCCUGUUCGACGCCGCCGCCAAGCUCGACAAGCUCAUCUCGACCGGCCUGCCGUCGCCCGUCAGCCCCGAGUUCCAGCUCGUCGCGAUCGCGUCGGCCGACGAGGACCAGGCGUACGUCGACGGCGACGAGGCCGACAUGCCGCGCAGCACCAACCCGUCGCAGCGCAAGGUCGGCCGCACUCUCGUCUACUCGCCCGAGGUCCACUCGUCGGGCGCCACGUCGACGUCGUGCCCGCACCUCGCGAGCGCUGCGCCCGGCCCGCCCGAGCCCACCAGCUUCGGCGGGACCGCCAGGACGCCGUCGCCGCCUCAGCUCUCGCCCGCCCUGUUCGGCAACACGACCGAGCACACCCAGUCGGACAGCGCCAUGGGCCGUCUCGACGACGCGUGGCUCGGGCCGGCCCAGCACGGCGGCGACCAGAACGACGAGGACGACCUCCUCAGCCAGGCCGCGAGCCAGCUCCCGUCGCCGACUCGCUCGCCCAAGGGGUUCGCGUCGGCGGCGUCCUUGAUCGGCGACAGCCCCGAGGGCAGCGUCGAGCCGCUCGCGAGCGAGGCCAUGUCGAGCUGCAAGGGCGAGGAGGACGACGGUCCCGAGCCGCCCAUCUCGAGCUCGCCCGUCGGCAGACGCAUCGCGACCUUCUUCGAGGAGCUCGACGACGAGGACGCCCUCAUCCAGGCCGCCGAGCGCAGCGUCGAGCUCGAGUCGGACUCGGACAACCCGCCCGCCGCCGUCAAGGCCCCGGCCUCGCCCGUCGGCGAGCGCGUCGCCGCCUUCAUCGAGGAGCUCGAGGAGCAGCACGCGCUCGUGUUCGAGGCCGAGCACACGCCGGACGACAUCCGCGUCGAGUCGUACUCGGACGUCGAGUGGUCCGACCGCGGCGAGGACGACGCGCGCGAGCCCAUGCCGUCGCGCUCGUCCCGCCCGAUGAUGAGCGACGAUGACGACCAUGACGACGACGACGACGAGCCGCAGCAGUCGUCGCAGGCCUUCGAGCCGUGCCAGCUCGACCAGGCCGCCAUCGCCUCGUUGGCUCGCUCGCCCUACCUCAACACUAUCCUCUCGAAUCUCCUCGUCAGCCUCGAGGCCGGCCACGACCCUAUCGCCAACGACGGCGUGAGCUCGCCCGAGCUCGCGCGCGACGCCGAGGCGCAGUCGCGCGCCGUCGACCUGAGCGAGGGCUCGGACGGCUCGGUCGAGGAGGAGAGUGACGGUGAGGAGGACGAGAUGGACGAUGACGAUGACGAUGACGACGAGGACAUGAGUGAGGAGGAGGAGAGCGAGGAGGAGGAGGCGAGCGCGGUCGUCGAGAUGAGCGAGGUCGAGGAGUCGACUGCCGACGCGCCGGCGGCCCUGGUCGCCACGCCCGUCGACGAGCCCGCCAUGCCCCUGAUUCGCCCGAUCGGCCCCUCGUCGGACUACCUCUUUAAGGUCAAGCGCCUCUCGGCCCGCAUCGUCGAGUCGGACGUGGACCCGGACCUCGACGAGGGCGACCAGGACCUCGACCAGGCCGACCUCGACCUCGACGAGGACGCGUUCGACGAGGAGGACGUCGACGCGCAGGAGAUCGACCACCCGGAUGGCUUUGACGACGACGGCGCCGAGUGGGAGGACGGCGUGAGCGAGAAGCUCGUCGUCGCGGCCGACCAGGCCGAGCAGUUCUGCACCAUCGAGCCGGCCUCGCACGCCUUCGACAAGGUGUCCGACUCGACCAUGUCGCCCAAGCCGACCUCGACCUCGCGCAAGCGCCGCCUGUCCGACACCGACCUCGAUGGCGCCGACCCGAUGCCGUCGCUCGUCAAGCACGUCGCCGACUUUGAGUCGCUCCCGAUCGGCGUCCCCAAGUCGGCGCAGACCGACUUUACCUUCCCGGCCACGACUUCGACCUCGACCGUCGCUGUCGGCACCGAGCCGGCCGCCGUCGUCGCGCCGCUUCCGAAGCGCCGUCGCCUCGACCUGCCGUACAAGUCGUUCGCCCUCGGCCUCGUCACGGGCGUCGUCGGCGCCAUCGCCGGCCUGAGCGCACUCGGCUCGGCGCUCGAGCCGCUCGAGUAGGCGCGCACCGCGCCUUCCCCUUUCCCCUGCCUCUCUCUCUCGUUUGUGUACCUUCCCUGCCUGCUGUCCCUUCUAUGCACCCCUUCCCCCCUUUUGCCCGCCUUGCUGUAGCUGCCCCUCCCCCUCGUCACCGCUUGUCACCCCUCUCCUUUCCCUCGUCCCGGUUGUGCUCGUCCUCCUCGUCUCGCGCUUCAAUCAGAGCCUUCUUCCGUG